CAUCCGGUCCUCUAAGCCCCGCCCAUUUAGACACAAUGAUUCAUGCCCACUGCCGUUCUACCAUCUUAUUCUGUUUCUACAUCACUGAUACGCAUCUGCAUCCCAUCGCUCAAGCGCUCGGAGAACAGAGGAUACAGGGAUGAUGAUGAUAAACAUACCGAGAAACUGUGUCAUAUAGAGAGCAUCUCAUUGCCGCUUUGCAACUUGGCCAAGGAUGCCCACCACGGAGACAGAGACAGUCUUAUAAUAGGGCUACAGUCUGCAGGACGCAAAAAGCAGCUUGUGUCUGCAGACAAAACAACGAGGGACUCUGUACAGAGCUUACAGGGCAUUAAGAGCACCAACUAAUCCUGUGCAUGGCAAAAAUAUAAAAGCGAAGAGCAAAAAAAAAAAAAAAAAAAAAAAAAAAAACGGGCUUUUGCGUGAAGAAGGAGAUGUUCGGGACACAAAAAACGCAGCAGCAGUAGGAUUGCAAUCAUUCAGUAUUAUUUUAAUUUUGGGCUAUUUGAAAUGGGAGCUUUGACAAGCCGUCAGAAUGCAGGAGUCGAGGAGGUCGAUAUACCAUCCAGUUCUGUUUACAGAUACCCACCCAAAUCCGGGAAUUAUUUUGCUAGCCAUUUUAUUAUGGGAGGAGAGAAGUUUGAUUCAACUCAUCCUGAAGGCUACCUCUUUGGAGAAAACACUGACCUCAACUUCCUAGGCAACAGACCAGUAGUGUUCCCGUACAAUGCUCCCCCUCCUCAUGAGCCAGUCAAGACCCUCCGCAGUCUUAUCAACAUCCGUAAAGACACUCUGCGGCUUGUCCGAUGUAGUGAAGACAUGAAGCUUCCUGGACAGGAAGUUGGGAAAAGCCACAGCUGCUACAAUAUUGAGUUCACCUUUGAUGCCGACACACAAGUUGCCAUCACUAUAUACUACCAAGCCAUUGAAGAGUUUCACAAUGGUGUGCCAAUAUACUUGCCGCAGGACAGCUCUCUGCAGUCAGAGACGGUGCAUUUCAAACGCGGUGUCUGCCAACAGUUCUGUCUGCCCUCUCAUUACGUCAACUUAUCAGAAUGGGCAGAUGAGGAGCUUUUGUUUGACAUGGAUAAAGACAUCUACCCCAUGGUUGUACAAGCAGUAGUGGAUGAGGGAGAUGAACACUUGGGACACUCCCAUGUUCUUCUUGCAUCCUUUGAGAAGCAUAUGGAUGGAAGUUACUGUGUGAAACCUUUGAAACAGAAACAAGUGGUGGAUGGUGUCAGUUACCUGCUGCAGGAGAUCUACGGCAUAGAGAACAAAUACAACAGUCAAGAAUCAAAGGUGGCUGAAGAUGAGAUUAGCGACAACAGUGCUGAAUGUGUGGUGUGUUUGUCAGACGUGCGGGACACACUUAUCCUGCCCUGCAGACACCUGUGCCUGUGCAACGCCUGUGCAGACACACUGCGUUACCAGGCCAACUGUUGCCCCAUCUGUCGACUACCGUUUCGUGCCCUCCUUCAAAUACGAGCGAUGAGGAAAAAACUGAGCCCGCUCACACCUACUGGAUUCAACCCUGUCAUCACCUCGCAGACGUCAGAUUCAGAGGAGCACUCGGCAUCAGAACACAUCCCACCAGGCUAUGAAGCUGUGUCCCUGUUGGAGGCCUUGAAUGGGCCCCUGAACCCGUCGCCAUCUGCUCCUCCACUUCAGGGCCUCACCAGGGGCCAUGUUUCUGGAUCUGCGCCCACAUAUGGCAGUGAUAGCCACCACACGCCCGUGCGCUCCCUCUCUCCGCUAGAACACUCUGUCAACUCCAGCCAGAAUGGGAAACACAAGAAGAGUGGCUCUAAAUCCCUCUCCCAGAAUUCUUCAGUGCUGCCUGAGGAGGAGGAUGAGAAGUCAUGCAGUGAGUCUGAAGUGCAAACAUGCAGGAGAAAAUUGCAUGUAGAACAGCAAGAGUCUGGUGUGACUCCUGAAAGUGACAACCUCACUCUGUCAUCCUCGGGGGCCAUAGAUCAGUCGUCCUGCAACGGCACCCCUCUCUCCUCCACGAUCACCUCCCCAGAGGACCCAGUAAGCAGCAGCCUGGCCCAGUCUGUGAUGUCAAUGGCGUCCUCUCAUAGCCAGCACUCUCAGAUUAGCACCGACACACUCUCUUCAAUGUCCGGCUCCUACAUGGCUGGGGCAGAGGGAGAGGAGGCCGCUGAGACCCCAGCAGAGAGCCGAGCCCCUUCCCAACAUGAGGGUGAGGAAAUCCCCAUUGAGGCAAAAGGGCAUAACUUUGUGGCUGCCAUUCUUGAAGAACAGGAUUCAGAGGGAAAUGACGUGACUGAGGAAGAUUGUGCAUCUCCCACCAAAGAACAUGGUGGGCGCAGGAGGAGCGAGGUGCCUUGUCCAGAGUUUGACAAUAACAAUCAGGGGCAGUCUGACACCCACUGUAUGACAGGCCUGGACAAUGAGCAGCCUCCUGAUGGCCGAUUCGCUGGUCUGUUAUACCUUGACGUCUAUCGUCAUGGGCGGGAUCCUUUGACUCACCAUGCGUCCACCAGCAACAUCAACCUGGACGAUCAAGGGGUCACCAAUGAGGCAGCAAACUCCAAGAACAAAUCUCAUCGUGGACCCCUGGCUGUGUGAAAUCCUCAAUCCACCCAGGCACAGACCUACUCCAAUCCUGAGAGGGAUAUUUGCCUCUUUCUUCAUCCCACCUCUGCCUAAACUCAUGCCCACACCAAUUACUCAUGGAUCAAAUCCUAAAUGCAAACCAGGGAGGAUUGACUGUGUGGUUUCCUUUCUCCGUUGUGAUAGAUGUCAUGUUUUUAGCGCUCUUUUGGUGUUGAUACUUGUGUAAAGCACCACGUUUACACCAACGCUCCACCCCCUCAUGUGUACAAAUAAAGGGAUGAAUCUAACAAGCUCUCCUGAUGAAAGAUGGAAAAUGAGGACAUGAUAAAGACUUUGCUCCAAGCAAUGUUUUUCUCUUAGAGAGCAGUCAAAUUUCAUGUCAAGGCUGUGCGACUCUACUUUUUAAAACAAGUUGUGACACGUUAUAAUUUCAGCAAGCACUUUUAACCCCCAUGAAUUCAUAAUCAAAUCCUGCUGAUUUGAAUCAAUAUCCCUUGGGAUUUUCCUCCUCAAUGUCACUGAACAUUUGUAUGAAUAUUUCAACUUGUACUCCUGGAGAUCUGCUCACAAUACCCAAGACAGAUGUUUCAAAAGAAAAUGAUGGAAAACUGAGAGAUGAUUUUUUUUUGUAAACUCAAUCAAUCCUUCACAAGAUUUACUUCAGAGCAAUAACACAUAUUUGCUCAUGUUUCUGCCCUUGUCAGUUUGCUGCAGCUCACUUUGAGCUCUACGUACAGCCCUGCAUGUUACAAAGACACAAAGCUACUGAGCUGCCUAACUUGCAUUACACAUGGGAAAGCUUGCCUGUGACUUCCUCAGAUUGCUACUGUUGAUGGUAUGUUAAAUGUCACAAAGCUGCUUUUAAGCUUUUUGUGUGUUGUUUAACAAAAUGUGUUAGUUUCAUGUCUAAGGUACAAUCUAGCAUAUGCCUAUAUGCUAUAUUUAGUCAAUUUGUACCCAAGACUUGAAGCAGAGCUGAAGUAGCUCUUCAGAUGUGUGUAGUUGGACUCAUAUGGAUUACUAUUGCAGGUACUUUAGUAUAUAAGUUCCUUUAAAAGUAAUUUGGUAACACUUUACAAUAAGGUUCAUUAGUUAACAUUAGUUAACUCCAUUAGUUAACAUGAACUAAUGAACUGCACUUAUACAGCAUUUAUUAAUCUUUGUUAAUGUUAAUUUCAACAUUUACUAAUACAUUAUUAAAAUCUUGUUAACAUUAGUUAAUGCACUGUGAACUAACAUGAACCAACAAUGAACAACUGUAUUUUCAUUAACUAACGCUAACGAAGAUUAGUAAAUACAGUAACAAAUGUAUUGCUCAUGGCUAGUUCGUGUUAGUUAAUACUUUAACUAAUGUUUAACUAAUGAACCUUAUUGUAAAGUGUUACCAAUAAUUUUUAUGUAUUCCUUUUGAAAAGUAUUGCACUUUCCUAUAGAGAUCCUUGAAAGUGUUUACUUAGCAGUCAUUAUACAGUGAGAAUGAAGGAAAGACUUUGAAAAGCGUGCCACUAACAUGAAAAACAAUCAACAACUUUCAGUUUUUUGAUAGUUCUGCCAAACCGAAUUCAGUGUUUAAACUUGCUCUUUGUUGCACCAGUGGUACGUUAGUGGUUAUUUUACUUAACGGAAAUCUUUGGGUUCUCUUUUUAGUUCUUAAAAGGGAUAGUUAUGGAAGCUUGUUUCCGCCACGGAAUAAAAAAAAAAGAUAAUUGUGACUUUUUUUCCCUCACAAUUGCGAGUUUAUUUUCGCAAUUCUGAUUUUUUUCUCAGAAUUGCGUGAUAUAAAGUUGCAAUUGGGAGUUAAAAGAAUUGUCCAUUUCUGAGGAAAAAAAGACUGACUUUUUUCUCAGAAUUACGAGACUUAUCUCACAAUUCUGACUUUAUAACUUGCAAUUGUGAGUUUAUAUCUUGCCAUUUUUACUUUAAAACUCACAAUUGUGUUUAUAUUCUGCAAUUCUGACUUUAUAACUUGCAAUUGUGAGUUUAUAUCUUGCCAUUUUUACUUUAAAACUCACAAUUGUGUUUAUAUUCUGCAAUUCUGACUUUAUAACUUGCAAUUGUGAGUUUAUAUCACACAAUUGUGAGGAAAAAAAGUCAGAAUUGUGAGAUAAAAAGUCGCAAUUACCUUUUUUAUUUUUUAUUCAGUGGCGGAAACAAGCUUCCAUAGAUAGUUUACUUAAAAUUCUGAAAAUUGAUUUUCUCCAAACGACGUUGGACCCUAUAUUGACUUUCAUUUUAUGGACAAUAAUGAUCUUCUUUUAUGUUCCACAGAAGAAAAAAAGUCACAGGUUUGGCAUGACAUGAGGGUGAGUAAAUGAAAAGAAUUUCAUAUUUUUGGGUGAACUAUCCCUUUACGAUCAUUCCCACAAUUCCUUAAUCAAUAAUCCGAUUUUCUUCAUUCAUUAGCACUUGUCUGGACUAUCUGAAAUGAAAAAAGGAUUCACAGUACAAUCAAAUAGUGAUUAUAUCUCUCUCAAAAUGUCUAUUGUACUUUGAGAACCAACAAUGCUUUUCCUUUGUGUGGAAAAUGUUUAUUUUUUAUUUAUUUUUUUUAUGUUAGCCUAGUUCGUUAUCGUUGUAAGAGUCUGUUCAAUGUGUUGUUUACUGUAGUAUAUGAACGGUGUGAAAUUUCUCCAAAUGGGAUUGUAUACAUUACACAUGCACUAGUAGAUUUUCCCUUGACAGCAGAUAUGCGGUGCAUGUGGUAAGCGCAUGGUAGUUGCAGUCAGAAAAUAGAAUUCCCCCACCUUUACUUUUGCACUAUAUGUCUAGCCCUUCCACUCUGAGCUUACACGUCAUGUAAGCAACAGGUACUGAGUCACAAGACAAGCAAUACAGCCGCAUAAUAGCACGUUGUCUGGAGGCAAUACAGAUAAACAUAGCCACGCAUUGAAUGUUUUACAGCAGAAUGUCACAUUUACCUGCAGAGAGAAACCACUGUUGUGUGACAUGCACAGAGCAUGGAUGAAUUCAAGGAGUUUUCUCCAGUUUUGCUAUCUGUAUUGCUUUUGUGAUUCUGUUCUGUCCUCUUUCUGCACCUGGAGGAGUGAGUGUAACUAAACCUACAUGAGGAAUGGGUUGCAUCAAUUCACUUUUGUAGAAUGAAGAUUCCAAAAUGUCAAAAAAACACAAUAAACUUUUUCUUAAACAA